UUUUAAUUUUUCCAUUUUUGUAACGCGACGUCACAGGUCCAAACGAACAGUGCCUUAAAGCUAAAGAAUUAGGUAGGCGCCACGUUUGUGUCGGCCAAAUGAAGCAGGGCAGUUCAAUUCAGGCCAACAGCUUCUCAACUGAUGAAAGUUGACUAAAGGCAGCCUCAUUUCCUGACUUUGUACUCCUAAAGCUCUCACCUUUUUCAUCGUCUCCUUCUUUACAUUCAUAUCCUCUGCAUCAAAAACCUUCAUCAAUUUUAGCUUUCAACCUAAUUCUUUGAUUCUUUGCCCACUUCAAUGGCGGCAGAGCCUGCAUCUUCAGGACCCCAAAUGAGAGUGAACUCCAGGCGGAGCUACAACGUGGUGCACCCAGUGGACGUAGAGACACCUCCACUACCUUCUCCGGCUCCAGCUUCGUCUCCUGAUGUGUAUCGAGAGGUCAAGCAUUUCAAGAAAUGGGUUGUUUGGCUGAUACCUGUUUUUGUUGUUGCCAAUGUUAUUAUGUUCAUCGUCACCAUGUAUGUCAACAACUGCCCCAAGAACUCGAUCAAUUGCAUUGCCACCUUCUUGGGUAGAUUCUCCUUUCAGCCUUUUAAGGAGAACCCUCUUCUUGGACCAUCAUCUUCCACGCUACAGAAGAUGGGGGCUUUAGAUGUAAAUAAGGUGGUUCACAGACACCAGGGGUGGCUUCUCAUCACUUGCAAUUGGUUACAUGGUGGUGUUUUCCAUUUAUUGGCUAAUAUGUUGAGCCUUUUGGUUAUUGGGUAUCGGCUAGAGCAAGAAUUUGGCUUCGUCCGGAUCGGGUUGAUAUAUGUCAUCUCUGGACUUGGUGGGAGUUUGUUGUCAUCGCUUUUCAUUCAAACAAACAUCUCUGUUGGUGCUUCUGGUGCUCUUUUUGGAUUGCUGGGAGCCAUGCUUUCUGAACUUAUCACUAAUUGGACAAUAUAUGCUAGUAAGUUUGGAGCACUUUUCACCCUCCUGAUCGUCAUAGCAAUCAAUUUGGCAGUGGGAAUUCUGCCACACGUUGACAACUUUGCUCACAUUGGAGGAUUUCUUUCGGGUUUUUUUCUCGGGUUUGUAUUUCUUAUCCGCCCCCAGUUCGGAUGGGUUAACCAAAGAUAUGGUCCUACGGGAUACGCAUCAUCUCAAGCUAAAUCGAAGUUCAAGACCUAUCAGUGCAUUUUGUGGGUCCUUUCUGUGAUCAUUUUAAUUGUUGGGUUUACUGUUGGCCUGGUUAUGCUUCUGCGGGGAGUUGAUGCAAAUAAACAUUGCUCUUGGUGUCAUUAUUUGUCCUGUGUCCCUACUUCAAGAUGGAGUUGCAAGACAGAGCCUGCAUACUGCACGUCAAGCCAGACGGGCAAUCAGCUCUUGUUAACAUGCUCAAGCAAUGGUAAGAACGGCACGUAUACAUUGGCAAAUGCAAGCAGGUCUCAGAUCCAGGGGCUGUGUUCUCAGCUUUGCAGUUGAUUUUUUGCGGUAGAGAUGAGGGGGCUUAGGGCGGCACGAGCUGCUUGCAUGUAUAAAGAUACAAUUUACGGAUUUGUUUUGUUAUGAUACCCUUGUUAUGCAUGUAUUCAUUUCAUUCUGUAAUAUUUGAUUCUUGAUCUUUACUAUGAAAUUUGAUUGAUUGCUCUGUUUUCUUUACAA